UUAAGAUGAUGAAGUCCUUAUAUAAAAUAUUGGACAUUCCUGCCGGCAGCUUCUCAAGAAGAUGGUCAGCCCUGCUUCAUCCUCAUCUACAGUUUCUCGGUCCCCGUAACUGCAAACUGCAAAAAGCUUGCCAGGGCCUGCAGGAAACGCAGUGCCCGCGGGGCUGGCACGCGUCUUCCCCGGCCUCUCCGGGGACUGAUCACAGCAUCUCUGCGUGAUGUCAGCGGAAUCCUGAGCCGGAUCCUGCGCCCCGACUGGAGCAGGGCGGCCGGCCUCUUGCCAUCCGGGCAGAGACAGGGCGGUACCCGCGGGGGGUGGCAGCCCCGGGGCCGCUGCGCCCGCGCCACUCUCCGCCCUGGACGCCGCUCGUCCGGGAGCGGGGGUGCGGCAAGGGUGCGGCGGGGGGCGGGAGGCAGAGAGCCCGGCUCAGCCUGAUUUACGGCUCUGCUGAAAACCGCUUGACUACCGCAGCUUCAGCCUCGGUGGCCGCGGCAGCAGCUGCAAGACAGCAACAAGUCGGGACUUUUAGAGUAAUGCAACAGAAGGCUUUUGAGGAAAGCAGAUAUCCUUGGCAGGAAUCCUUUGAGAAUGUUGCUGUGUGCCUGCCAUUCCGCUGCCCAAGGUGUGGAGACCAUACCAGAUUUAGAAGCUUGUCAUCUUUGAGGGCCCAUCUGGAAUUCAGUCACAGCUAUGAAGAAAGAACCCUCUUGACAAAAUGCAGCCUCUUUCCAUCUCUCAAAGACACAGACCUCAUCCCUUCCUCAGAACUUCUGAAACAGGGAAAAUUGCAGAGCCACGGCCAUGUGGUCAGACAGAAACCAAGCUAUGUUAACUUGUAUAGCAUUUCUCAUGAACACUCCAAAGACCAGAAGCCAUUUGAGGUGGUGGCAGAGAGGCCUGUGUCCUAUGUGCAGACCUACACUGCCAUGGACAUACGUGCAGACUCGCUGGAUGGGCCACGGUCAAGGCCUGGACUUCCCACCUCCGACACCAAAGCUGCUUUUGAGGCACAUAUCAGAGAAAAAUUUAAUCGGAUGGUUGAAGCUGUGGAUAGGACCAUCGAGAAGAGAAUUGAUAAACUCACCAAAGAGUUGGCCCAGAAAACUGCAGAACUGUUGGAAGUUCGGGCAGCUUUUGUGCAGCUGACUCAGAAAAAGCAAGAAGUUCAGAGACGAGAGCGAGCCCUGAACAGACAGGUGGACGUGGCUGUGGAAAUGAUCGCUGCACUGAGGCAGCGCCUGACAGAGUCAGAAGAGGAGCUUCUUAGGAAAGAAGAAGAAGUUGUUACAUUCAACCAUUUCCUGGAAGCAGCAGCUGAGAAGGAGGUUCAAGGGAAAGCUCGACUCCAGGACUUCAUUGAGAAUCUGUUGCAACGGGUAGAACUGGCAGAAAAGCAGCUCGAGUACUAUCAAAGCCAGCAGGCCUCUGGCUUCAGCCGUGACACCAGCGAGCAUGUGCUUACGGAUAUCUCCUCGAAUAGGAAACCCAAAUGCUUAAGCCGAGGGCAUCCUCAUUCUGUGUGUAACCACUCUGAUCUCAAGGCCCAUUUCCACCCAAAGGGAAGGAGCCACCUGAAGAAAGCCAAGGAUGACAGAGCCAGCAUGCAGCCGGCCAAGUCCAUACAUGAACAGGCUGAGUCCUCAAGAGAACUCUGCAGACUGCCCAAAAAAGCAGAGCUCCUGGGGCUGAGCCGGAAGGGCAAUAUCAGGCCCAAAAUGGCUAAGAAAAAGCCAACAGCAAUUGUGAACAUCAUCUAAAAAAGGCGGGUGGAUUUGAACUCGGCCAGUUGUUCCCGGGGGCAAGAAUGCUGUCCUUUUGGUCACAUCUGGUAGUAGGAUGUAUUGAGAAAGCAGAGGGCAUAACACAUAUAAGUGUCUUGGUUAACCAGAAUUACACAAAUGGGGAAGCCCAGUGAACCAGAAUUUUAUUAUCACCUCCUUUUAAAAGCAAGAGGCAGAUUACAGAAAUAAUUUUUUAAAAAUUGAAACAAUCUAAUCCUAAAGCUGUAGUAAAAUAAGACUUCAGCCUCGAAAAUAAUUGGUCUGGUCUUUAAUAGUCCUGACCUCUGGGCUCCUGGGCAGUGAUCAUUCAUCCUCAUGCCCAAGGCCACACAAGGAUAUCAGACACCACCAGAAAUGAUGUCUGCUGCUGUCUAAAUUGUGAGGCAAGGAAGGGGCAUGGAAAGAUCUAGUAAAAGCAGUGAAAUAAAAAUAUUUUUGUUCAUGUAUAACCUUCCUCUCAGUUAAUUUGAAAGCCUUCAAAAUAAGAAUUCCUUUGCCCCCUAAGUGCUCUGGUUAAUCAAGAUUUUACUCUUUGGGGAUGCUUAUGGGACUUGUUCAGUUAAAAUUCAGCUUUCAUUCUGACAGAUUGCUUUUCAGUUUGUUUGUUUGAUUCAGGUUUUUCUGUGUCCUUAGAUGCAACUUUAUGCAGAUUUUGAUGUACUGUGUUGUGUUCUUUGACUAGGUAUUCUCCACCCUCCAACCUUGCUUUUAGUCUUGAUAGCUGCUUCCAUGGUUGUGGUCUGGGAGGACCAUGAAGCCCUUUGAUCAGCUCCCAGCACUGGUGCCAUGGCUGAGUCCUUGGAGUGCCAGUAGAUGGUGCUGUUAGGGUUUUGGAACCACCCUGUAAUCACUGUACAUACACCCACCGCCUCUCCUAAGGACUGCUUUCCUGGUAAUAUCAGCAGCUUGCUCUCUUGAAUUGUAGGCAUGACUUUCUCUUCAUUAGCAUAACUUUUCAACUGGCAGCUCACUUUGUAUUUUGCUGCUUCUGUGUCCUUUAAUAACUAAAUAUACUUUCUUACCUUUCAACCAACUAUCAGGGGUCUUCACUGUACAGUGCAUUCUAAAGUAAUUUCUGAAACAAAUAGUGCACAUAGGGUUCAGAAUCUGACACUGUCCUCCUUCAACUGCCUUUUGUUUCGAUGAAGAAAAAUCUUUUAACAAUCUCACUUUAACAUUUUCUUCUAGAAUGAAUUUUCAUAUAUUUUUCAUUACAUUUAGCAGUAUCAUCAGGUCUCACACAAAGUUUACAAGUGCUAACAUUCCUCUAGAGACAAGGUAAUUUUGUCCACAAAUAUAUAUAUAGAAUAUACAUAUAUAGAAUAUACAUACAAAAUAUAUGUCAAGUAUAUUAAUAAUUUAUUUUUAAAUACUCAUGGAGAAAGUGUAUGUUUGUGGUGGGUGGUCUUAAAACUGUCGAAGUGUGUUCAUGUAAAUUGAAUUCUCUAUUUUAAAAAUUAAAACUGUAACCUAAUUAACAUUAGUAGACUUAUGUGUGUUACUGAAAUAAGCAUCAUAUUAGCAGUACAAUAAAUAGGUAAAAACAGUUACUUAAAAUUCCAGUAAAUUGAAAAGUAUAACUUAUCAUUUUCAAAUAUUUUGAACUUAUCAUAGUGGAAAUGUUGAUUUUUGAGUCUUUAACUUUUGGUUUAUGGAAACGGGAUAUUCAUGUGGUGUAUAGGCAGCUAUCAAGUGGGUAAAAACAUUGCUGUGAAUAUCACUGUUUAGGCUAAUAUUGUAAAAAUUAUAAUGUUUAUUUACUUGGAUAAUUAAUAUUCUCCAAAGAUAAAUUAUUUAUUAUUAUUAAUCUUAUACUCUUAUUGCAUUUUACCUUUUUCAUACUAAAAAAGAAAAAAAAUGAGUUAUUUGCAUGCUGUCUGUUCUGUAAAAUAUGUGCAAAUGACAACUUGUUUUUAAAGAUGGUAUGGCUACAUUUUUCUUUUCUGUUUUAUUUAGAGUAACUCACAUUUUUGGUGUUCAUUUAACAUGCCUGGAGGGCGUGGCAGCCCUCUGUGACAGUGAUACCCAGUGAUCUUUAGAAAGCACCGUUAUGUCAUAACUAUUCUAUGUACAUUGCAUAAGACAAAUAGUUUCCAAAUUUAUUUAUUAUAUGAAAAAUGUUCUUUUUAAGUUUAAGUUCAAAUUAACUUCUUACUCCCAUACAAAGAAAUGUGUUAUAUAUGUUGUACUUCCUUCAAAACACAAAUUUACUGUUGAAAAAUGGGAGCUGACUCACUCGGAGGGAAAAUUCACCUGCAUGCCAUGGCCUGAGACAUGUGCCACAUCCCACGUACAUUCUAUUUUAAAAUAUUCUCCUUGUCCCCAUAGGCAGUCAACCUUGGAGUCAAGGCUGGUGUUUUUUUUUUUUAAGAAAUCACCGAAGUUUCUGGGAAAACAUGUUCAAGGUUAAACUGAAGAAUAGAUCAAAUUUUAUUAUUUGUAGGGGGAAAAAAUCUUCAUUUGGACUGUUCUUUCUUUUUCUUCUUCUCAAACUAAAUAACAGGUUCUUCUCUACAAAGUUCAGAUUGCUUAGACACUGUUUUCCAGUAUUCUGCAGGGUCAGUUACUUGUAUAGAAGUUGGAAUAUUCUCUUCCCAGAAUUAAAAAAGUUUUUAGAUUAUAAAAUAUUAUGGUAAUAAAGCUAUAUUUCUGA